GUGCAGGAGGUGCCAGCCAGGUCGACCCCAACCAUUCUACGCAUGUCUUUUGAACGCCACUUGACAGCGAGGAGGACCUACAGGCUCCACACAAAAAGCGUUUUAGCGGAGAAUCGAACAGAAGAACUUGUUAAUGUGAGGCAGUAACGCUACCACUAAACCAUAGCGAUUCUCUAAAAUUAUUUGGUGGUCACGUUUUCAAACGAAGAAUGGAAAAUGUCGACAGAUCAGCUGAAGCAACUUCGCAAGGAAGUGAUGACGCUACAUCCUCUCUAGGAAUAACAACUGCUGAAAGGAAGAAAAAUUUGAGGAAUAUUACACGUAAGUCCUUUCCAGAUGAGAACCUCAAGGGCCCCACACAACAUAUUCAACUUACCCAUGCUGAAUGCGGGAAGAAAACUGUGGAGGAUGUUGACAACAAUUCAGAUGAUACAAGUGAGCACUCCAGCCACACAGGAGUGCAGAGUCGUAUAACUGGAAAAACACAUGCAUCUUCUAAUGUGAAGAGUUGUAGACAUUUUCAGGAUUGUUGCUCAGAUGACAAAACUGAAUGCAAAGCAGAAAAGCAACACAAAUGCAACAUGACUGUUAAACAGUUGGCUACAAUUCAAGACACACAGAGCCACAGAGGCUUACGUUCCUCUAAGUGUUCUCAAUGUAUGAAGAGUUGCACAACAAUUUUUAUUCUCAAACAGCAUCCAUGGAAUAAAGAAUCAGAAAAACAACAUUUGUGUAGGAGCUGUGGGAGAAGUUUUACCACUCUUUCAGGUUUUUUUAGACACCAGCGGCUCUAUGGAGGACGGUGUACUGACCAAAAGAAGGGUCUUACAAAGCAUGAUCAGGUGCUUCCUAAACAACAAGAGAAUGAACUGGAGAACUGUGAUUCCAUUACUCCAUGUGAGAAGGCUUCUGGAUGUAAUAUAGGUGUCAAAAAUUGUUAUGAACAGACUGUUGAGAUAGAGAAGCAGUUUAUGUGCAGUGAAAACAGACAGAGUAUCAGAAGUCGAAAACACCAAGAAACACAUGCACGAGAGGACUCUGCUGAAGAAAAAAAGUUUAGAUGUACUAAAUGCGGAAGGAGUUUCGUAGAUGUAGCAACUUUCAGGAAACACCAGUGGAGUCACAAACAAGAAAGCCCCAUUAGAUGUAGUGCAUGUAAGCAAUGUUUUACACGUGUUGGUCAUUUCCUCCACCACAUGAGGAUACACGCAACAGAAAAGUUAAAUAACUAUUCUGAGCAAGGGCAUGGAUUUUGUAGUAAAUCAGUUAUUACAGAUCAGCUACAAGUGCAUAUAGAGAAGCUUUUCAAAUGUACUGAUUGUGAGAAGAGUUUUACAGAAGAAGGCAAUCUCCAACAUCAUCAGUGUAGUAAUGCCAUUAAAAAAAUUCAGCAAGGUGGCGAGAAUUUGCAUACCAUCAUGCAGAAGUCUGAUAUAAACCAGGAACAUCAACUGCUGCUUCCUAAAAUUCACCAAACAUCUAUAGUAGAAAAUGAUAUUAUAGCAACCCCAUGUGGAAAAAUACUUACUAUUGAUGUAAGUGUCACAAAUUAUAAACCAAUUACAGAAGGAAAAGAUCAGUUUAUCUGCAGUGAAUGUGGAUACACUUUCAGAAAUAAAUACAUUUUUACGAAGCAUCAAGAGAUACAUGAAGGAAAGUUCAUUACCUGCCAUAGCAGCAGUAAGCCCCAUAAGUCUUACCAGCCGCAGAAGCAUAUUUGUGCAGAAUGUGGGAAGACUUUUACUGAUAUUGCAAAUCUGAGAAAACACAGGAGAAUUCACAAUGGAUACACACGUACUACUUGUAAAGUUUGUGGAAAAAGUUUUAGUCAAAGCAGUAAUCUGAAACGUCAUCUUUGGAUCCACUUAGAAGAAAAACCAUUCAACUGCAGUGAAUGUGGACAGGGUUUUGCACUGAAAACAUCUCUUUCUAAACACUUGCAAAUUCACAUAGAGAAACCUUUUAUGUGUACUGCAUGUAAGAUGAGUUUUAGAGAAGAGGAUGAACUCCAGUAUCAUAUAUGUACUGGUACAGCACAGAUGAAAAAUCAGUGUAAUGAAUGUGGGCAUAGCUUCACAAAGAAAUAUUCUCUAGUCCGGCAUCUCAGGAUGCAUAAAGGAGAAAAGCAUUGCAAAGAAACAAAGAAAAACAAAGAAGAAAUAAAGAAAAAACAAGAAAGAGCAUAAAAGAUUAAAAAAAUACUAAGUUUGUGAACUGUAACUAAGCAUUGACUUGAAAUGAGCCCAUUCAUGUCACAACAUUAAAACAGUAUACAUUUAGGUAAA